AUGUACGCCGGUCGGAAAGAGCCGGGCUUUUUGCCGGAUCUAGCCCCAAACCAGCGGUGCUCGGAAUGUCAGCGAUGCUGUAAAGACUUUAAGAAUGGGACGGAAUUUUACUGGCAUGUGGAGGAAUGUGUUCAAUAUGCGUUCGAGAAUGAGCUGCUGAAUACGUUCGACGAAUUCAGCGCUGCCCCGCAUACUCAUGCGCAAGUAUCACAGCCGGUUGCUGGAAUUGUCGCAAGGUCGCUACAGAAUCAUCAUGGCGGUGAGCUGGCAGAAGUAGCUGAUAUCCUUGAAGCCCCAUCUCAAUUGCCGUCCAAUCUCGACCCUAUGCCACUUGAUGACGAGCUGCCUAGCACUAGUGAUGCUCCACCAGUUAUGGAUUACGGUGGUGUAUUGAUGGAAGAGGCAAUUGGUGAACCAGAGCCGUUUGCUGAGGAUGAUGAUUUGGAUUUUUCGAACCCUAGCAUCGUUUAUGCGAAUACUUUCCCCAAAGUGAUCGGAGCACUUGCUAAUGCAGAAGAUGAUACGAAUCGUCAGAAAAUGGAAUGUCCGGCAUGCGGGCUAAAGCUUUACCGGCAUAAUUAUGCGACCCAUUACCGCGUGCACACCGGCGAGCUGCCGUUCCCUUGUCACUACUGCGAUAAACGCUUUAGAAAUUCGUCUUCACGACGUGUGCACGAGCGGACACAUACCGGUGAGAGGCCAUACAAAUGCCCUCAUUGCGACUACGCUACUUUAACGAAAGCCAACAUCGACCGGCACAUCUACAACAACCAUGUGAAAGAGAACCCGCGACGCACGACACAGAGCCGCAGAGAAAAAAUCUUUGGACGCGAUGACCAUCAACAAGCAGCCAACGAAAAAUCGGUGACCACAUGGACAGAUGCGACCGGCGGCGCAUCGAGCACUAUUCAAGGCACUCGGAACGAUCAUAACUAU